CGUAGAAUGCUUAACCCGAUUGAUUUUCAAGUCUCAGACGUGCGUGGAACGCGCUGCGGUACGGACGUGUUUGAGGUGCCUUAGUCAAUUCAUAGCGAAACGAAAGCAAAUAGCCAAGAAAAAUAGGAAUAUUUGGCUUGGGCGCGCACGUUCGAAGGCUUUAAAGUGACGCACAUCCUGUGAAGGAAAGAUUAUUAAAUUUAGUCGCUGUGCAGCGAUUUCGCAGACUUCGAGACAUCCUAAUUGAAAUUAACUUGUUUUAAAUGCCAAUUAUCGCGUCUGGAAAAUCCAAUUAACGAAAUGGGUCUCGAAUUUUUCUUCAAAUUUGGCUAUGCCUUUUUAACCAUAACGCUGAUCAUCAUGAUCUGGAUGUCCUUGGCGCGUGCCUCGAUGUUCAGUCGGGAAAUGGAAGAGACCCACUAUCCGCCGUGUACUUACAAUGUGAUGUGUACGUGUUCCAAAUCUGCAACAGAUCUCGGCAUUGUGCAUUGUAAGAAUGUGCCGUUUCCCGCAUUGCCGCGCAUGGUUAACCAGUCCAAGGUUUUCAUGCUGCACAUGGAGAAUACGGGUCUGCGUGAGAUUGAGCCGUACUUUUUGCAGUCGACGGGAAUGUAUCGAUUGAAGAUUUCGGGAAACCAUUUGACUGAAAUACCAGAUGAUGCCUUUACCGGACUGGAACGUUCAUUGUGGGAGUUGAUUCUACCGCAGAAUGACCUGGUCGAGAUACCCUCAAAGUCCCUGCGUCACCUGCAAAAGUUACGCAUUCUGGAUUUGUCCCAUAACCACAUAACAGCUAUACACCACGAUUCGUUUCGUGGCUUGGAGGAAUCACUGCAAAGUCUAAUUCUGGGCGAUAAUUGCAUCUCAAUGCUGCAGACGCAUAGUUUUUCCGGCUUGCUGAACCUGGAAAUCUUGGAUCUGAGUGGAAAUAGUCUUUUCGAGAUAGAUUCAAAUGUUUUCAUCGAUGGCAUGCCUAGGCUAACUCGUCUCCUCCUCACUGACAACAUUCUGUCGGAGAUACCCUACGACGCACUGGGUCCAUUGAAGAGUCUACGCACUCUGGACAUAUCUCACAAUGUUAUAUGGUCGCUGAGCGGUAAUGAGACUUACGACAUCAAGGCCAGCACCAAACUAAAUCUGGACAAUCUACACUUGGAAUAUAAUCAUAUUGAAGUGCUGCCUCCGAAUUCCUUCAAGUACUUUGAUACCGUUAAUCGUACCUUCUUUGAUGGAAAUCCCAUACAUACACUGCGAGAUGAUGCUUUUAAACCAGCUCGCAUUCGUGAGAUCUAUAUGAGGUAUUGCGGUCUGACGAAUAUCUCACCUGUCGCCUUUGAUAGCCUGGUGAACAGUUUGCAGAUUUUGGAUCUGUCUGGAAACAACUUAACAAUGUUGCACCACAAGCUGUUCAAUAAUUUCGAUGUCUUGAGGGUCAUCAGUAUGCGUGACAAUAAGAUCAAAAUCCCGAAGCCCACUGAAACCUUUAAUGCCAUGCAUUAUACACUGCUUAAACUGGAUCUCAGCGGCGAUCGCAAUGAUCCGACCAAUCUUCAGACUCUGCGCAAUAUGACCAGAAUGCGAAACAUGCGAUCGCUAUCAAUAUCGCGCAUGGGAACCUCCUCGGUGGGAUCCGAGGACUUCAAGGACUUUGGCGUUGAGCUGGAGGAUCUGCAGAUAACUCGAGGCGGUCUGUCCGGCAUACAGUCCCAUGCCUUUAAGCAUGUGCGUGGCCUGAAGCGUUUGGACUUCAGCGAGAACGGCAUCUCCAGCAUUGAGAAUGAUGCAUUCCAUGAAAUUGGUCACUCCUUGAUUUCGCUGAAGAUGUCCCAUGGUUAUUCGGGUAGCGCCUUGCCUGCGGAGGCUUUAAGGCAUCUGACAUCGCUCCAGGAGCUGGACUUUAGCAACAAUCAUAUAAGCAGCAUGAGCGAUACUAGCUUCCAUUUUCUGAAGAAUCUACGACUUUUGGAGCUGCACGAUAAUCGCAUUGAGCAGGUGCUGAAGGGCACCUUCCAGGGCGACAUACACUCGAAGCUGGAGGAAAUCUCACUGCGUUUCAAUCAUCUCACAUCGAUCUCUCAGCACACAUUUUUCGAUCUGGAAGCACUGAGAAAAUUACAGCUGGAUGAUAACAAAAUCGACAAAGUGGAACGACGUGCGUUUAUGAACCUGGAUGAAUUGGAAUACCUGAAUCUGCGGGGCAACAAGCUCAAUAACUUGGCCGAGGAAUCCUUUCAGAAUCUGCCUAAGCUCGAGAUACUGGACAUGGCUUUCAAUCAGCUGCCUAAUUUCAAUUUUGACUACUUCGAUCAAGUUGGAACUCUGUCCAAUUUAAAUGUCAACGUUAGCCACAAUCAGAUCCGGCAACUGAUGUCCAAUUCCUCCUGGAGUGGACGCAAUGAGCAUGGCGGCAUGUAUCACUCGAAUAUUAAAAUCUUGGAUCUCUCCCACAACAACAUCUCCAUAAUAUAUCCUGGCUAUUUCCGACCUGCUGAGAUCUCUUUAACCCAUUUGCAUCUGGGUUACAAUUCACUAAUGAAUACAACUCGAGAUGUGUUUGGAAACAUGCCGCAUUUGCAGUGGCUCGACCUGAGCUACAAUUGGAUACAUGAACUGGACUUUGACGCCUUCAAAAAUACCAAACAACUGCAGCUGAUCUACUUUGAUCAUAACUACAUGACCGAUAUACCACAGGAUAUCUUCAAGCCCGUUCAAGGACUGCGCAUUGUGGACUUCUCUCACAACAAACUGCGAGGUCUACCCGAUAAUCUCUUCUACAAUGGCGGCAUGGAAAAAUUGGAUGUCUCGCACAAUAUGCUUCUGAAGAUACCAUCGUCUUCGCUCUCCAGCUUGGCUGCCUUGACGCUCUGCGAGUUGCAUUUGUCCAACAAUUUCAUUUCUACUAUACACAGCAUGGAUCUAUCGAAUAAGUUUAGGUCUCUUCGCUAUCUGGACAUCUCGUAUAAUUAUUUGCUCCGCAUAGAUGAUGCCGUGUUUGCCACAAUGCCAAAGCUGGCAGUCUUGGAUCUCUCCCAUAAUCGCGAUCUCAAGGUCAUGGAUAAGUCAUUUAUGGGCUUGGAAAAUUCAUUGAUUAAACUUGGUUUGGAGAAUGUGUCACUCAGCACAGUGCCUGAAAUACGCUUAAAGUAUCUGCGAGAGUUCCGACUGGGCUACAAUGAACUGCCCUCCAUUCCCCAGGAACUGGCACAUAACAUGAGCAAUCUUCGCAUGCUGGAUCUCUCAAAUAAUGAUUUGACUAACGUUCCUCUAAUGACACAAUCGCUGCCACAUUUGCGCCGGCUUAUGCUCUCGGGAAAUCCGAUUACCUCGCUCAACAACAACAGCUUUGAUGGCGUCAAUGAGGAUCUUGAAAUGCUAGAUAUAUCCAACUUCCGUUUACACUACUUUGAAUACGGUUGCCUCGACUCUUUACCCCAUUUGCGUUCCCUUAAACUGACUGCCUAUUCGCACGUGGAGCACUUUAACAUUGCCCAAUUGUUGCGUCAUCAUCACAACAUACGGGAACUUUGGAUUGAGGCACCUCAACCUUUUACACGCAUCGUCAAAAAGGGAUCGGGACCCACACAGGAAAUGCAAACUGUACAGCUUGGUAUGCCAACAGAUCUGAUGCGAGAGAUGGAAGGACAUCUUCCUUCGAAGCUGACUAAUAUCACCUUCAGUGGACCGCAAUUCACGAAUCUCCACGAGCGUAUACUACGGGGCAUGCGCUCUCCUUAUCUCUAUAUGCAACUGUUUAACACCUCGUUGCAAGCACUGCCUCCAAACUUCUUCAAGAACAUGGGAAGGGUGCGGAACAUUUCACUGGACAUACGUUACAACAAUCACAACUUGAAGAAGAUACCAAAUCCGAAUACUGGUGCAGUACCUUAUCUGCCAAAUAGCGUCUUCCUAACUGAUCUUAAGAUGUCACAGACGGAUCUUAACUGCGAUUGCGAUUUGGGAUGGGUGGAGUUCUGGCAACGCAAACGAAGGCAAUACAUCUGCUCCUCGCAGACCUGGACCGAUACAGUUUUCCGUACAUUUAUGAAUUCACCGUGUCAGGUUUACGGACGUCACAACUGCGACGAUCAUGAUGACGAUCUUCGCGAGACGCAUUGUGAUAACAAAGGCGGUCAACAGCUUUUGGAGGCCUUGAAAUAUGAUCUUGAGUGUGGUUGGGAUAGUGGCAACUGCAAAGAAACUGCCAUGGUUAUAAUAUCCGUAUGCCUAGCCUUUGUGUUCUGGAUGUGACUUCUGUACUUUGCAUAUAAGACGUCCACCGACUUUUAUGAUAUUUUAGAGCAAGUUUAUGGCAGGCAGGUCCUCUAAGUUGGUUAGUUCCUGGUAACUGCCUAGUUAAUGGAUUUUGCCUGACCAUCAACGAUAUAAUUUAAGCGUGAUGAGACUUUUUCUUACCUCGUUUUAUGUUCUUCAAAUCCCUUUUAGCACUGAUAACCCAACAAGUUGACAAGUUGCUUUCCAAUCUUUAGAGUCCUUUGGUAACGCCUUAUAUGUAGGAAUCCUCACCUCACCUCACCUCACCACAUACUACACACCAUUUAGUAUAUACCAUUUUUUAGCACUUAACUCAGUUUAUAUUAGUUUAAUACUCGAAUUAGAUUUUUGUAUUUUAUUGAUGAAAUCUCUAUAGUAACCAUCUAUUAAAUCCUCCGAUUUAUUAUUAUAUACAUACUUAAGUAAGGUCACUUCGCUGCUUAAACAAUUCCAAUUGAAAGUCUGUAAAAUGUUUCAUAAACAUAAUAAAUAUUUACGGUAGGUUAAA